UCCGCGGGCGGCCCUCUCUGCGGCUGCGCGGGCGCUGACCCGGGUCCCAGCACCGGAGACCUCCUGGACGGCGGCGGGGAGGUGGCCGCAUGGCUCCGCAGGGAGACGUCCCGCGCCUGGUGCUGCUGGUCAGCGGGAAGAGGAAGUCCGGGAAGGACUUCGUGGCCGAGGCGCUGCGGAGCAGACUCGGCGCGGAUGUGUGUGCCGUCCUCCGGCUCUCCAGUCCACUCAAGGAACGGUACGCUCAGGAGCACGGCCUGGACUUCCAGAGACUCCUGGGCGCCAGCGUCUACAAGGAGGCCUAUCGGAGGGACAUGAUCCGCUGGGGGGAGGAGAAGCGCCAGGCCGACCCAGGCUUCUUCUGCAGGAAGGUCGUGGAGGGCGUCUCUCAGCCCGUCUGGCUGGUGAGUGACACUCGGAGGGCGUCAGACAUCCAGUGGUUUCGGGAGGCCUACGGGGCUGUGACACAGACGGUGCGUGUGGUGGCUUUGGAGCAGAGCCGACAGCAGCGGGGCUGGGUGUUUACUGCAGGGGUGGACGACGCUGAGUCAGAAUGCGGCCUAGACAACUUUGGGGCCUUCGACUGGGUCAUUGAGAACCACGGGGACGAGCGGCACCUGGAGGAACAGCUGGAGGACCUGGUGGCAUUUGUCCACUCCAGACUCUAGCGCCAGGUCCCAGGAGCACCGGCCGCCUCGCCUCUGCUGGACGUGUGGUCCCGACGCUGGCUGAGGCGGGGAGCACACAGAGGGCCUAGGUUUCUGGGGGUCGGCAGAUGGCAGACGAGUCAGGACACCCCUGGGGGCCUCGUUUCUUUGUGCAGAGACCGCCCUACCUCUUCAGGAGGAGACGGAAGGGCAGGGGGGCGUCCGCGGUGCUGGCCGGUCAGCCUGCGCAGCCCGGCUUCCCUGUGUGGACGCCCUCAGCCCAGGGCUCCCCAGCGUGGGUACUAAUAAAUCGUCUCGGAGCACACGCUCA